AUGCUUCCUUUUGAUAACGUGCCCUGGCGUGUCCCAUCAAAUCCGACGCAGAAUUUGAACUCGCAUCAUCCCCCUAUCGGUUUAGAGAAUACCUUGAAGUUGGUGGUGGAAUUCGUUCGCCAUUUCUCACUUUCUACGAAAUUCCUGCAGAAAGUUGUUGAACCAACAGGUCUGCUACUGUAUGGUCUUCAAGGUUGUGGAAAAAGUCGAGUUCUUGAAGUGAUCUCCAAUGCCGACGCUCGAUGUGAUGAGGGCGGAAUUGAGCCUCUCAAAUGUUGUGAAUGGUAUCGGGGUCUUCACUUUGUCACCCUCUCCAUGGAUGAUUGUGCAAUUUCAGAAUCUGAUGCUAGCUCAAAUUCUCUUCGUAAAUACAUCAAACGAAAACUGGCGGAUAUACCUCGUUCCUGCUGCGGAGUUGUCUUAUCCCUGCCCAAUCUAGACACUUGGCUCUCGUCUAUUCAGAGUCCAAAUUCCAGCCAGGCAGAUGAACUGUAUGAUUCGGAAGUUUUAAGUCGAAACACGAGUCUCCUUUCCUUCCUAUUUACUUCACUAAAACGUGCAUGUGCCACCACUCCCAUCUGUGUGUUGGCCACGAGCACUGAUUCUACGGAAAUUUUGAGGCACAGGGACUUCCGAACUUUGUUUUACAAAAGAGUAUUAGUUUCCUUACCCAGCGGGGAACAGCGAUUUCGACUUUUGGUACAAGAAAUGCAGCGCUAUGCAUCGCAAAUGAAUGGCAACUCAAAGGAAUUUUCAAUCUCUACUGGGAGUUUGGGAGAUUGCGAUCGACUCUAUCAUCUAGCUGCCAGUUUGCAUGGAUACACAGUAGCAGACAUUUCUCGGCUGUUCAGAGCAAGUUAUGCUGCUGUGAUUGACGAAUGUGUUAAGCAGAGAGUCAAAGUGGAGGAGGGCUAUCAGACUUGCGUGCCCAACUUCUCUCAGGUUCUGGACAAAUUGGAAGCAGAGCGGAAUCACUACAGCCCAGUUAAUUUAUGCGCAGAAAUCUCAGUUUUUCCUCCCAUGCGCUGGUCGGAUAUUGGUGGUUAUGCAGAAAUCAAGCGUCUUUUUAUCUCGACAAUCCAACAACGACUUAUUGAAGCCGCUGAUCCUAGCAGCGAGGCUGCCCGAACUAAUAAACGUCUCGGCUUGAGUGUUCCCCGUGGCAUUCUGCUGCAUGGACCUCCAGGCUGUUCGAAGACCCUGUUUGUUCGCGCUUUGGCUACAGAGUGCAAUCUACCUUUGGUGGCAGUUCAAGCUUCAAGAAUUUUUGGUCGGUAUGUCGGUGAUAGCGAAAGGAAUAUGCAGCGGAUUCUCGUCCAUGCCCGCGCCUGCGCUCCCGCCAUCCUGUUUAUCGAUGAAAUCGACUUGCUCUUGCCGUCUAGAAGUUCAAGUGAGUCAGGAGUUAGCGAACAUGUGUUGGGCGAAGUUCUAACCGCCAUGGACGGUGUUGAAGGUCAAUGUGGCCAACUGUUGUUGAUUGCAGCCACGAAUCGUCUCGAAAAUCUCGAUCCGGCGUUGCGUCGGGCAGGUCGUUUUGACGUCACCAUUCAUGUGCCACCUCCAGAUGCUGAGGCUCGAAAGGCUAUUCUUCAGUUAGAAUUAUCGAAACGGGCGACCUCGAAACGUGCACUCAAACCCCAUUGGCUGGAGGUAUUUGCGAAAAAACAACUGGAGGGCUACACGGGUGCUGAAGUGGUUGGUGUUGUGCAGGCCGCGGCAGAGUUGACUCGCGAAUCAUGCAAGGUCGAAAUUGAUCGGGGCCAUCUUCUGUCGGCAUGCGAACUUCUUCCACCCUCCACCCUUGAACAGUAUCAUGUCCACUUGCUCCGUGAGGCUCCGCAAAACCUCGCAUCUCCUUCUGUUCCUCUAUCACCUUCCAGCCCUUCAGGACUUUCGCCUCAACAAUAUUUCGUAAUCUCAUCAAUUCUUAUUGCGCUUUUUGCUCUCGGAUGGCAACUGAUUGUGCACUUCGAUGCCGCAUCUAGGGCGGACAUCCCCAUUCCUUCGCCCGCUGAGGACUGGGUCUCCUGCUGGAAUCCUGCGACUGGAACUUUUAAUAUAUUGGAGGCUAGACAACUAUUCCUGCGAUCCAUCCACCUUGCAAAUGAAAGGUUUUCCUUCACACCCUUGCAACGAGAAGACGGGUUAGACGCGGACCGCCUCUAUGGGGUAGUGAUGAUAAAAGCGUCGCAAGGCACUUUCCUCCUUCUCCUCCUCCUCCUCCUCUUCUUUUGGUUACUUGCUUAA